AUGACGAUUGCCAACGUGCUCUACCUGGAGUCCCCCGCUGGCGUCGGCUUCUCCUACUCCGAGGACAAGAAGUAUGCCACAAACGACACCGAGGUUGCUCACAACAACUACCUGGCGCUGAAGGACUUCCUCCGGCUCUUUCCCGAGUACUCCAAGAACGAUCUCUUCCUCACGGGGGAGAGCUACGGGGGGGUCUACAUCCCCACGCUGGCGGAGUGGGUGAUGCAGGACCCCAGCCUCAACCUGAAGGUGAGUGGCUGGGCUCCUAAAGUUCCCUACCAAUCACCCAACCCUUCUUGCGGCUCGUUGCAGAUGGCGGAGAUGAUUCAGAUCGUAGAGGAGUCCGGCCUCAACAUCUACAACCUCUAUGCCCCGUGCGAUGGUGGUGUCCCUGGGAGCAUGAGGUACGAGGGUGACUAUCUUAUCACACAUGACCUGGGCAACUCCUUCAUCCAGAUGCCGAUGAGGUUCUCCUGGCGGCAGAACCUGUUCCGGAUGCCGGUAGCCCGGAAGAAGGUCCGGAUGGACCCUCCCUGCACGAACUCCACAGCCCUCCGCGUGUAUCUGAACUCUCCGGAGGUGAGGAAGGCUCUUCACAUCUCCCCCGACGCCCCAGAGUGGCAGGUGUGCAGCUUCGAGGUGAACCGCAGCUACAAGCGCCUGUACAUGCAGAUGAACAGCAAAUACCUGAAGCUGCUCGGAGCCACGAAAUACCGGAUCCUGGUGUACAACGGGGACGUCGACAUGGCCUGCAACUUCCUCGGGGACGAGUGGUUUGUGGACUCCCUGUGCCAGAAGGUAAAUGGGCAGGGCCGGGCCUGGGCCAGGCCGGUCACCAGCUCCAGGCUGCGCAGUUGUCUGCGCGCCGGGGCCGGCUGCGGCGAGGGCGGGGCUGGCCACAUGGUGGCCACGGACCGGCCGCUCGCUGCCUUCACCAUGUUCAGCCGCUUCAUUAAGAACGAGCCUUACUAGGAGCUGUGGAGGCAGCGCCUGGCGCCCCGGCUGCCCUCUCCACCCGGCACCUCCCGCCCGUCCUUGGU